CGCUGGCGGGAAGUUGCGAACAUGGCGCCCGAGCGGGUCCGGAGCCGCGCGCUCUCGGCCUUCAAGCUGCGCGGCUUGCUGCUGAGAGGUGAAGCUAUUAAGUAUCUCACAGAAGCUCUCCAGUCUACCAGUGAAUUAGAGCUUGAAGGUACCCUAGAAAAGAUCAUUGAUGUCAUUGAAAAACAGCCCUUGUCAUCAAACAUGAUUGAGCGCUCUGUAGUAGAGGCAGCAGUCCAGGAGUGCAGCCAGUCAGUUGAUGAAACCAUAGAGCAUAUUUUCAAUAUCAUUGGAGCUUUUGACAUUCCACGUUUUGUGUACAAUUCAGAAAGAAAAAAAUUUCUUCCUCUGUUAAUGACCAACCACCCGGCACCAAACUUACUUGGAACAGCAAAAGAUAAAGCAGAACUAUAUCGUGAGCGAUACACCCUUUUGCAUCAGAGAACCCAUAGACAUGAGUUAUUUACUCCUCCGGUGAUAGGUUCUUACCCUAAUGAAAGUGGAAGCAAGUUCCAGCUUAAAACAAUAGAAACCUUAUUGGGUAGUACAACCAAAAUUGGAGAUGUGAUUGUUCUUGGAAUGAUAACUCAGUUAAAAGAGGGGAAAUUUUUUCUGGAAGAUCCUACCGGAACAGUACAACUGGAUCUUAGUCAAGCUCAGUUCCAUAGUGGUCUAUACACAGAGGCAUGCUUUGUCUUAGCAGAAGGUUGGUUUGAAGAUCAAGUGUUUCAUGUCAGUGCCUUUGGGUUUCCACCCACUGAGCCAUCGAAUACUACUAGGGCAUACUAUGGAAGUAUUAAUUUUUUUGGAGGGCCUUCUAAUACAUCGGUGAAGACUUCUACAAAACUAAAACAACUGGAAGAAGAGAAUAAAGAUGCCAUGUUUGUUUUUGUAUCUGAUGUUUGGUUGGAUCGAGCAGAAGUAUUGGAAAAACUUCAUAUAAUGUUUUCUGGCUAUUCACCAGCACCUCCAAGCUGCUUCAUUCUGUGUGGUAAUUUUUCAUCUGCACCAUAUGGAAAAAAUCAAAUUCAAGCUUUGAAAGAUUCCCUAAAAACUUUGGCAGAUAUAAUAUGUGAAUACCCAAAUAUUCACCAAAGUAGUCGUUUUGUGUUUGUCCCUGGUCCAAAGGAUCCUGGAUUUGGUUCCAUCUUGCCAAGGCCACCCCUUGCUGAAAGCAUCACUAGUGAAUUCAGACAAAAGAUACCAUUUUCAGUUUUUACUACCAAUCCUUGCAGAAUUCAGUAUUGCACAGAAGAAAUUAUUAUCUUUCGUGAAGACAUAGUGAAUAAAAUGUGUAGAAACUGUGUCCGUUUUCCUAGUAGCAAUUUGGAUAUUCCUAAUCAUUUUGUAAAGACUAUCUUAUCUCAAGGACAUCUGACUCCUCUGCCUCUUUAUGUCUGCCCAGUCUACUGGGCAUAUGAUUAUGCAUUGAGAGUGUAUCCUGUGCCUGAUCUGCUCGUCAUUGCAGAUAAAUAUGAUCCUUUCACCGUGACCAAUACGGAAUGCCUCUGCAUAAAUCCUGCAUUUUUAUCUCCAACAGGGCUCUUUUCCAAGAAGUGGAUUUUCAUUCAAAGUGUUUUACCCUUCCAGUAAAACAGUAGAAGACAGCAAACUUCAAGGCUUUUGAGACUCGUGAUAAGUGAAAUUUAUCAAUAUUCUGCUUAAUUUUAUCUUAUGUAAUUUUUAAAAUUAUAAUAAACUUAUAGUAAACCUCAAAA